AUGAUCCCUCGGUGGCUCUUGCUAGUGGUUGGCUUGCUGCUGGCUUGGUCAGUACAGCCGAUCGCGGCGAAGGGAGACAACCCUACUACCCAGGCAACAGAGCUCAGCCAUCCACCUUUCGAGCUGUUCUACUUCGAAGGCACCAAUACAAUCAUAUAUCGAGAUGGAAAUGCCAAUAAUGCCCAGAUCUCAUUCGACGGCGGUAAAGAAUGGGAGGUAGUCGCGGGUGAUGAUGGGAGCAUGAAGGGCGCCGUGACGAUGAUCUGGCGGCACCCAAAUGAUGCCCAUCGCGCCUACGUAUUGGGCUCCAAUGGGAAACACUGGAUCACUACUGACCAGGGUAAAUCAUGGAACUCCUUCCAAAUCGCUCCUCUUCCGAUGAUUUCGACGCGUAGCCCACCGUUGAGCUUCAACGGUUGGGAUCCGAAGAAGGUGAUCUUUAUGACCAUCGAUUGCUCCUUCACCGGCUGUAUGACGCAGGCCUUCUAUACUAUCGACGAUUUCAAGACUGUGGAACCUCUGCGCGACAUGAUUCUACAGUGUUCAUGGGCUGCGAGUACUCCACAGUUCGGGAAGGACCUAGACGCGUCAGAGAGGCUGGGCGAUAGAGUUCUUUGCGUGGUUCCCGGGCUGCGUGGCUUUGAACGAUCGGAGCGCUUGGUCUUCACGGAAGAUUUCUUCAAGGGCGAUUUGGAUGGGACCGAGGUCAAUUUGGACCGCGGACGGCCCGUCAUCGGCGAUGAGAUCAAGUUCCGCACCGUGAAGAAGUAUAUUGUAGCUGGAGUCCAAUCGCGAGGCACCACUGAACAGGCCCUGUACAUAAGUGACGACUCGACCGAGUGGCAUCGCGCAGAGUUCGGUGGACAUCGCAUUGAGCAGGACGCGUACACAUUGCUAGAAAGCACCAACUACAGUAUUCAGGUGGAUGUGCAAACAACAUGGCAUGAUAAUCGGGUCGGCGUACUUUUCUCGUCCAACUCGAACGGUACAUACUUUUCACCCAACAUCGAACAUACAAAUCGAGACCUGGAGGGAUUGGUGGACUUUGAGAAGAUCGCCGAUAUUCAGGGCAUCGUGAUUGUCAAUACUGUUAAGAAUUGGGAGGAGGCUGAAAAGUCUGACAAGGAGGAGAAGAAACUUGUCAGCAGUAUCAGUUUUGAUGAUGGGAGAACCUUCAAAUCCCUCCACGCUGGUGAUGAGGAUGUACACCUGCACUCGAUGACUACAUACGAUGCCUUGCACAAGCUCCAAACCCUGGGUAGAAUGUUUUCUAGCCCGGCACCGGGACUUGUCAUGGGCGUGGGCAACACCGGCGGCCACCUUAAGAAAUACUCGGAUGGAGAUCUGUACGUUUCCAGUGACGCGGGUCUUAACUGGCAGCGUGCGCUGAAAGGCCCCCAUCGCUUCGAGUUUGGUGACCAAGGCGGCGUGAUUGUGGCUGUCAGCGAUGAUGGAAUGACAAACGAGGUUCAAUACUCCCUCGACCAGGGCAAGGAAUGGGAGAAGCCCAUUGAGCUGAAGCACAAGAUCAAACCCCUCUACAUUACCACUACACCCGACUCGACGAGUCUGAAAUUCCUAUUGGUUGGUUUGAUCGCCGAUGACAGCUAUGUCAUCUACCAUAUUGACUUCGAUGGUCUCCACGAACGCCAGUGCACAGAAAAAGAUCUCGAGCUCUGGACCGCCAGUGUGGGCAAUGAGGGUGACCACUGUCUAAUGGGCCAUAAGCAAACUUUCCAGCGUCGCAAAUCCAAUGCUGAUUGCUUUAUCGAGAAAGAAUUCAAGAUGGAGUCUCCUGUCUAUGAGAAGUGCAAAUGUUCGGAGGCAGACUUCGAGUGCGAUUACAAUUUCCGGCGCUCCGAUGAUAGAAAAGAUUGCUUGCCAGCUGUGUCUCUGGUAGCCCCAGAGGGUAAAUGCAACGACCCAAGUGACAAAUACAUUGGGCCAUCGGGUUGGCGACUGAUUCCUGGCAAUGCAUGCAUUCGCGAAGGGGGUGUCAACCUUGAUAAGGAGAUUGAGCGGUCCUGUGGAAACUCCACCAGCUCUCCCGUUACCGAUGGCAAGGUCCAUGCCGGUAAAGCACAGCACUUUGAGGCCACAAGGAGCAUUUAUUUCUACUUGGAACGACAGACAAGUAACUCUGGAGAUGACGAGACCAUCUUCAUGCUCACCGAUAAAUCCGAGCUAUGGGUGACCCACGAUCACGGCAAGCAGUGGGACAGACCUGCCGAGCUGAAGGAUGAGAAGGUGAUGGAGAUGAUCCAGCACCCUUACUACAGCGACGGUGCAUAUUUCCUGACGAAAUCUGGUCAAGUCUUUACGACCAUUGACCGCGGUUACAAGUUCCGAUCGUUCAAGCAGCCUACUCCGUGGAUUCCCGCCGACAUGUCCCCAUUGGUCUUCCAUGAGAAGUACAUGGACUGGAUGAUCUGGCUUGGUAGUGCGAAAUGCGAGGGAAACGAUUGUGUCCCCGAUGCGUACUACAGCAAGAACCGUGGUGAGGAGUGGCAUCUGAUGCUGCGCGGCGUCGGCCAGUGUGUAUUUGGCUACCACGCCGAUCGGAAGAACAGCGAGGAGCUUGUUCUCUGUGAACAAUAUGAGAAAGAGAACAAGAAGAACAAUCGCCAACUGGUGGUCAGCAAUACCAUGGACAAUUGGGAAGGUGCCUCUGUUAUCAAUAGCAACAUCGCGCACUUCGUGACGAUGAAUGAAUUCAUCAUCGUAGCAACUUAUCCGACCGACAAACACAAGUUCUUGAAUGUCAGCACCAGCAUGGACGGUCAGAUCUUCGCAGAGGCCCUCUUCCCAUUCAAUGUCGACGUGCCCCAGUACACGGCGCUACCUGGCUCGACAUAUGCGCUAUUCCUGCAUGUGGAGAUCAGCUCCAAGGAAGGCCGUAGCUACGGUUCGCUUGUCAAGAGCAACAGCAAUGGCACCUACUUUGUCCAGAGUCUGGAUGCCCUGAAUGUGAAUGACCGCGGCUACGUCGACUUUGAAAAGAUGAGCGGACUCGAGGGUGUCGCGAUUGCCAACGUCGUUGGAAACUUGGACGAUGUCGAAAAGAAGGGUGACCCCAAAAAGCUACGUAGUGUGAUUACACACAACGACGGUGGUCAGUGGGCACUUCUGACGCCCCCUGCCGAGGACGUGAACAAGCAGAAGUUUGACUGCUCUGUUGAGGAAAAGGGCACCUGGAAUUGUGCCUUGCAUCUGCAUGGAUACACGGAGCGACGCGACUUCCGAGAUACCUUCUACUCCAACUCUGCCAUCGGCAUGAUGAUCGGUGUUGGUAACGUUGGCCCGCAUCUGACUGAUGUUGAUCAGGCCGACACUUUCCUCACUCGCAAUGGAGGUUUGACCUGGAAGCAAGUCAAGAAGGGCCGGUACAUGUUUGAAUACGGCGACGCUGGAUCUGUGAUCGUACUGGUCAGUGAACUGCUGCCGACAAAGGUCAUUCACUACAGUCUGGACGAGGGCGAAAACUGGACCGAGUUCCAGUUCUCGGACGUAGACAUGAUCAUCAAUGACAUCUCGACUGUUCCCUCGGACACUUCCAAGAACUUCCUCUUGUGGGGAAAAGAGGCCACAGCCUCUCAUGAUAAAGUUUCGACUAUCAAUCUUGACUUCAGUGGCAUUUGGGAUCGCCGAUGUAUGUUAGAUGACCAAAGCGAGGACUAUUAUCUGUGGACCCCCAGUCACCCGGCUCAAGAGGACAAUUGCUUGUUCGGACAUGUCGAGCAGUACUAUCGCAAGAACACGGGGGCCCAGUGCUGGAUUGACUGGCGUGAGCCACAUAUCAACCGAGUCGGCGGGAACUGUACUUGCACACGAGCAGACUUUGAAUGUGAUUACAACUACGAGAUGCAAAGCGAUGGCAGCUGUGGGCUUGUAGCGGGACUUUCGAAGCCCGACCACAGCUUGAAAUGUUUGGAGGACCCCGAAUUAGUCGAGUACUGGGAGCCGACUGGCUACCGACGACUCACACAGACCACAUGCCAAGGUGGAGAUCUUUUCGACCAAAUCAAAGCAUUGCCCUGCCCGAGCAAGGAGAAGGAGUUUGAGAAGAAGCACGGUAUCAGCGGUGUGGGCCUGUUCUUCGCCAUCGUGACCCCGAUUGCGGCCGCUGCUGCAUUUGGAUACUUCAUAUAUACCAAAUGGGACGUCCGGUUCGGACAAAUCCGCCUAGGCGAGAAUCGCACUUCCUCCGGAGGUUGGUUCUCUCGAGACUCCAUUCUGAUUGCGGUACCUGUGGCCAUCAUUGCAGCUAUCGUGGCAGUGGCCCAGGCAAUGCCGUUGGUGGGUACGAGUAUUUGGCGUAGUGUUAGCGGCUUAAUCGGCCGCGGUUCACGGCCAUACGCGACUCGUGGCUCCUUUGCGGCGCGCCGGGGUGAUUACACUCAUGUGGUAGAUGAUGAAGACGAGCUGCUCGGGAUUGAUGAAUUGGACGAAGAGGAAGAGGCGUGA